UGUCACAAAAGCAUUUAUUUCGCAUGGAACUUGCACUUUGUCCUGUUGACAGAAGGAGCCUUCUGCGACUAAGACUUCAACUGGCAGCAGAAUGCAACGAUGGUAUGCUGUGCAGGAAGGUGAUUUUGGCAGUUCCAGCAGGUCUCAGCCUGGUUUCCGAUUUGAUGCACUACAUUUACCGCUAUUUUAAGCUGGAACCGAUCAAACCAUUGGCGAUCUCGGUUGAAGGCUUCGGCCUACUGCCAGCCCAGCGUUUGGAGGACGUUUUGCGGGAUGGAGAUAUGCUCUGGGUCCGACCUGCACAGCAGAGGUCCAGACAGAAAGGCUACAAGGCUCAGAAGGCUCUUCCAGCACACAUUGCGGAUACCGAUGCCAACCUUCCUGCACCUUCCAGCAUUGAGCCAAGAUCGACUGCCCAUGAGAACCUCCAAAAUAAAGCUCUCGCUGAGGCGCCUGCAGAAGAUGAUACUUCUGGACAUCAGUGGAGGCCAAUCGGAAGAAAACCUCUGCCAGGGGAGGUGAUUCGGUACCGCCUGUUGGAUGGCGAUGGGCUGACAGACUUCCAGGUGGCCCAAUGUGUUGGUGCUGGCAUGGCUGCUGGCGUUUCGCAGGUCACACUCCAGGGCUCCAACAGCGCAGUGUGGAGCAUGCCAGUGGGAUUUCUCCAUGAUGUUCGUCUUGGAACAGCUCUGAAUGUGGACCCUCCUGUCACACCCCAGGCAGAGCAGCCGAAAAAGGAGCAAGGCUCUGCGCAAAGGGUAUGCUCGGAAGCGCGGUCAAGGAUCACCUCUGUCCCUCUGGACAAGCGCAAGGCUGAACAAUUGGAAUGCGCCAUUCGACGUCAAUUUGAGUUCUACUUUGGUGAUGUGAAUUACCCGAAGGACAACUUUCUUCUAUCACAGGCAGAUGAGGAAGGAUGGACCCCCUUGCGUUUGGUUGCAAAAUUCAAUCGAGUGCGCGAGCUCACUAUUGACUUGGAUUUGAUCAGAGCUUGUUUGGCAAAAUCAAAUAUGCUCGAAUUUUCUGAAUGCAACACAUAUAUUCGAAGAACAAUUGAUGAGGAAAAAAAAAAGGUUUAA